GAGGCGUCCUGGGUGGACGCAGCACUCCUGUGAAAUGAGCCCUCUUGGCUGCAGGAGUUGGUGGCUGCAGUAGGAUCAGCCCUUGAGAGGUCAGCCUUCCCUGGCCUCAAGCUGGGGCCGUCCAGGUAAGGGGAGGGGUGGCAGCUGGGGGAAUGGCCUCCCCGUCCAAACAGGGGUCCCCCGGCGGGGCGGGGCUGCUGCAAGGGAGCAAGACCCGAUCCUACGGCAGCCUGGUCAAGACGGUCAGCUCGCCGGCGCGCGAGAGGCGGCUGGAGCAUCGGCUGGAGCCUGCGGACACCCUCCAGGGGUUGGCGGUCAAGUAUGGGGUCACGACAGAGCAGAUCAAGAGGGCAAACCGGCUGUACACCAACGACUCCAUCUUCCUCAAAAAGACUCUCUACAUCCCUGUACCAGUUGAACCCAAGGCGCUGUUGUCCAACGGGUUAGAUCUCGAGGAAGACGAUGCGGAGGAGGAGAAGGAGAAGGUGGAAGAAGAGGGGACGGGGGCCUUUCAGCCCGAGGCCCCCAAGAAACAGAAGCAUCCGCGGAAGAACGGGGCGUCAGGGGCCUCUGCCCCCAAGCAUGACCUCUCUGCCGCGGACUUCCUGUUCAAGCUGGACUCUGAGAUCCGCCGAUCCAAGCAGGCUGCCACGAAGAAGCUGCGGGAAGGGGGGAGCGCGGUUUCUGGGAGCGAGCAGGGAUCUCCCCACGCGACGGCCUCCUCCUCGCCCUCCUCCUAUCAGAACGAGGCUUCUUCCCGCGCUGUCCUGGGCCCCGUGCCGCUCACCAAAAUCGCCCGUGCCGACACCCUCCGCGACCAAGAGGACGAAAUCUUCAAGCUCUGAGUGACGCCACUUCCCUCCUUCCCCGUCCCGCUGUCCGUGGGGCUCCGGCGACCGCAGGAGAGCCUCCCCGUCCCUGUGCCCCCCACACGUAAGGGGACUCUCCCGCUGCAAGCAGCCAAGGAGCUGGGAAUUAUUUUUGGAGGACGGACGACCCCCGUAGAUGGGCGCUUCAGAAGGGGCCUCCGCGGCCUCAGCAUCAUCGACGGCUUUGCCCAUUCCUGCCCCCUGGAUUUCGAACGGACUCUUUGUGUGUCUUUGUCUCUGCGUACCUUCGUUUCCUCCCUCCUCCUCCAUCAUAUUUAUCACCUUAAGUGCUUUCUUGCCCGUCCUCAAAAUCAGAGGAUAACCUUCCCUUAAUGCCCCCCCCCCCCGUGGUAUAUAUGGUGCGGCUGGCCGAACGGAAGCGAAGGGGGCGCUGUUGUGCUGGGGGAACCUCCCCCUUGUUUUCCGGCGGUCAGUUUUGGGCUGGGGUGGCCGCCGUGGGAUCCCCGAUGUGGCUGGCCGUUGGGCGAGGGCUUGUAGGGUCCGUGCUUGACUUAACGGUGGGAUCCCUGAACUGUUCCAGCCCACCCCUUCCACCUCCGAGGCUCCCAUCUGCUCACCCCCGCACACUUCCGGUCCUCUUGUUGUACUGCCUCCCCUGUGAUUAAAACAACUGGCAGUUUUUGCUGACUUCCAAGUUUGUCUCUG